GAGAUGCGGCAAGGCAACUGCCGCGGCGGCCGCUCCGCCUCCCUCUAUCUUCUCUCUCUCUCCGUCUCUCGGCCUUCCUUUCCUAGCGGCGACGACGGGGCUAGCGGCGCCAACCUUGGCCAGUUCUCCGUCGGGCUCUUCCCCGGCGCGAGCAUUCGACAGUUGGAGGUGCCGAUGAACUCUGCGCAAUCCGGUGCUCACUUCCCGGUGCAGCAUCGGUCCGUCUCGUUAGAAAUCAAGGGAACUAAGACAGACAUUGUUAUCAGUACAUAUGAAGAUACCUUUCUGGUGAUUGUGACACAAAUUGGCUGCAUGGGAACCAUACUAGCUGCCAAUAAAGAUGAAAGUGUUUUCUCAGACCCAACCUACAAUGUGUCUGUUCUUUUUGGGAAGAGAGAUGAGCCACUCCUACUAGCUUGUGCACGCCAACUUAUUGAGCACAUAAGUGGCAGUGGCUCAGCCCGGUCGUUGGUGAUCUCUCUAGGUCUGAAAGAUCAUUCUCAGGGAACAUUGAAAGAUAUAAUUGCAGCUGUGAUUGAGAAUCGUCUUUGGUGAUGGUUUUGAUUAGUUGAGCGUUGGGACGGGCAUAUUGAGCCCAUCGACAGAAGAUGCUGACAUGAACAUAAAACAGAUGAACCCUCGUUUUAUCAUGUACGUAAUUCUAGAACUUCUGUAGUUAGAAUUUGUUUCUACUUUAACAAAGAGGUGAUUUUAAGCUGUUCCGUGAUCUAUGUUGUCCUACCAUGGGCGAGGUGGUUGGUUGAGGCUUCCGAUUUGUGUUCCUGCAUGGUUGUAAUCUCCUAUUGCCAAGAUUUGAGUCUCAAGCUAAACAUAAUUACUUUUGGGGGAACA